AUGGCAAGUCUCAGAGUGAGUUAUCACAAUUUCAGAACAAAUAAUCAAAUCUGUUUAUUGUUCAGAAGAGUAGUCGCUCACGAAGUCGUUCGAAGAAAAGCACUCGCAGAAAGUCAAGAAGAAGAAGUCGUUCAAAAAGUGCAAGAAGUGGCAAAAAAGGAGGUCUUUUGGGAUGUUGUAAAAAGAAGGAAAAAAGACAAAGAGUUCAUCGUGGACCAGGUCAAAGAGGUGGAAGAAGAGCUGGAAAUAAUUCGAAAAUGAAAUCGAAACGAGAAUUAAGACAACCAAAAAGUCAAAAAUCGCGUAGAUCAAAAGAAUCAUUGCAAAAAAGUCAGAAAUCGAAAAGAGAAAAGAAAGCAAGUACUCGUGAAAAGAAAUUAGCAAGUAUUAAAGAGAAAAAGAAGAGUUUGCGUGAAAAGAAAGAGGCUGAAAUAUUGAAAGAUAAAGAAGAAGAGCAAAAUGGAAAAGUGACUUUGGUUCCACCACAACCACAAAAAUUAGAUAAUAAUAAUGAUGGGGAAAAUGAACAAAAUAAGAAUGGAAGAAUUGCUGAUGACAACAAUAACAAUAUCAAAAAAGAGGAUUUGGCACCACCGAGCGAGGAAAAACCGGACAAAAUUGUGGCGACGAAAAAAUCGGAGAGCUUGGAUAUGUUCCCAUCGCAGAGAUUUGAAAUCCUGCAGUAAGUAUUUUUAGGGGAUUCUGAAAAUAGUUUUUGAAAAUUCCACGUUCAGAAAAUUUUAUGAAAAUCCGAAAAUCACCUGAAAAUUCUAUAUUUUUUAGUCCGGAAAAAAAUUUUCAAACAUGUUUUUUCUACCUGAUUUCCUUAUAAAUCCACAAAAAUCCCAAAUUGUUUUUCAGAUUCGUUGAGAACAAGUGCUUCGUUCGUAAAUGGGUUUACGAAGAAUCGGUUCCACUUGGUCUCAACAGUUCGAAAAUGCGUAAACUUCUGAAAUCGUCACAAAACAAAAUCAAUGAUUGCCGAGCCGACAAACUGAAUCGUAAAGAACUUUACAAUGAUUUGGACCAACUAUCGGCAAUUUUUGAGAAUUUGUGA